CGUCUAUGAUCAUAACAGUUGAUUCAGAAUCUCAGAUCACAAUCACAUCCAAUUUACGCCUCCGAUCUUUACUAUUGUCAGCAAUGAAUAAAUACUGUAAAAAACGUCACAAAAAUUAUAUUAAACCAUAGUUGUUUCUUUCAGUUUUACAGCCAUUAAAGGAAAGGGGAUUUCUACUUUGUUCUUCAUCAUAAGCAAGCAUAAACGUGGGAAUGUUCUGACAAUCUAGGAGCAUCCAAUUCCAACUGUCCCAGAUUUUUGGGAAAGCAAAACCCACCUCAUAAAGAUUCGAUCUUCACUAAACACAUGCAUUUAGAGAGAGAAAUAGAAAGAUGAAAGAGCUGUUUGGGAGUCCAGGAACAAAGAGUGGGCUCAUAUUAAGGGUUGGGCAGAGUUUGUUUGCAGCUUCUUCAAUUGGAAUUAUGGCAUCUGCGUCUGGGUUUUCUACUACUACUGCCUUUUGCUACUUAAUAGCAUCAAUGGGGCUUCAGUUUUUAUGGAGCUUUGGACUUGCCUGCAUAGACGUACAUGCUUUGAAGUUCAAUAAAGACCUGCAUAAUCAAAUCAUCGUGAGCCUGUUUGUUGUUGGCGACUGGGUGACAGCAACUCUAUCACUUGCAGCUUCAUGUUCAUCAGCUGGUGUGGCGGUACUCUUUACUAAAGACACAGAUAUCUGCAAGGUAGAGACUAAUUUCUCGUGCUAUAUGUUCCAGAUAUCCAUAGCUUUUGCUUUCGCAUCAUGGUUUCUUCUUGCUGUAUCUUCUUAUGUCAUGUUUUGGCUUCUGGCCUCGAUUUAAAUGACCUGUGAUUGACACGAUCAACACACAAACACAAUUUUGAACUCAUAAUGUACACAUUUCUGACUUUGAACCGUUUUAUAGAAAUAAUUAAAUUCUUUUCCCGUCUCAA